UGAAAUACCUCUUGCUCUUGAACUUUGCAUUAGCUAGUUUGUGCACUUGGUGGAGGUCACGCAUUUCUUUGGGUGGAGGCGGUGAAGAUAGAGAGAAGGAGGAAUAUAAAUGUACACACGAGAACUUGUUAUCAAAGUACCUAUACGUUCUUCUUAAGUAUCUACUCGUUGGUGUCAAACAUAUCCAUUUACUUUCAGAAGACAUGUCGUUACUUAAGCUGUGCUUAACAUGCUGCGUUAUAGUUUCAAUUUAUGGUUUUGGCGGAAGUGAAGAUCGUUUCAUAAAAAAAUACGCAAUGAUGAAGAUCUACGAAAGUUGCUUUGGAAAUGAAGUCAUCAAGCAGAUCAGAAAUGAAAUGAAGGCGGCAGGCGCAAAAUGUGCAUCUUACAACAUGGCUUACAAACCUCACUUUUAUCAGCCUGCAGCAAGACCAAUACCGGCAGCACCACCCAAAAUGGACGAAGGGUUCGCCGAUCCCGACAACACCAUAUACGCAAAUGCGCAAGCCCAAAUUGAUGUCGAAAAAAUUAACCAAGCAAUACUAGGCUAUCGGCCUGUUCAGCAUCAAAAAUAUCCCUUCCCCAACGUCAUACCGGGACCAUUCAGACCUUACCAAACACCUGGAAUAUAUGCGGGCUAUCCCAAUCCCGCGUCAAUGUACCUUCCCAAUAUGUAUCAACAGUUUUUGCCAUAUGGAUCAUCGUCUCCGUUUGCCAUACCGUUCCUUGGGCACCAGUACUACAGCGGCCAAAGGACUGCGAGAAACAUUGACAGUUUACGCAACCAAAUGGAGCUACUGACGAGCAAGAUGAGUGGACGCGCGAAGAACGUCACGUGCAUAAUGCAACAGCUAGGAUAUCUAGAUGACAAUCUGGAACCCAACUACGCGAAAAUCACCGAGAGAAUAUCCCGGCUCCCAAUACAAGAAGAGUUACGCAACGACAUUCAGGAAGGUCUAACUUUCUGCCAACAAUUUUCGCAAUGCAUUCCCGAGGUGAAUAAAGAAAAAUCUCCGCUUUCCAAAGAAUUCUUCAGGCCGAUGUUCUUCUUCAAGUGCUACAAGUAUAAAAAGAUGGAAGCUUGUGUCAUGAAGGACAUUAGAGAAAAGUAUUCCGGUUUCCAAGAUGAAGACUUCGAUGGGACUGAUAUGGACAUACAACGGAAUGCGAGAUCGAUGCGGAACGAUGAAAAGGAUGAAGACGAUUUGGGAAGUUCCGUUUACGAAUACUUAUAUGGUGGUGAUGAACUUGGAGAUCUUGAUUUCUUUUAAAAGUGCCAAAAAAGAACGGUGUAAUGAGUUUUCCUAUUGGGAUAUAAAUCGAUAACAGUUCAAGACUUCAAAUUUGAUCAUAGGUAAUUAGGCGCGAUGAAAUUACGUAUAUGUUUAGUACUUAUAGUAAGUUAUUGACUCACCUUUAAGUUAACUUAGGUAAAUGUAACUUGCCAUGUUGUCGCCGACAUGACCAAAUUAAUAUAGGUAGAAUGCUAACGAUGACGUGUUGCAAUUUAUAGUUACUAUCAAGAGUACGUAUUUUAGUUUAUUAUGAUAUUAAGAGAUUAAAAGAAAUG